AUGGAGCGCGGCUUGGGUAACCGGGCCAUGUUGGCCAAGAUCGACAAGCUUCGGGAGCUGAACGUUGGCUCCAUGAUCCCCCUUCCUCAGCUUGUCGUCGUGGGCGAUCAGUCAUCUGGAAAGAGCUCCGUCUUGGAGAGCCUGACUGGAUUUUCCUUCCCGCGAGCGACGGGACUGUGCACCCGCUACGCAACGCAGAUUACGUGCUGCCGCGACGCGCUCAAGAGCGUGGCCAUCUCCAUCAUUCCGCGUCCGGACGCGGAUGACGCGCUGAAGGCCGAGCUGCUAGCUUUCGAACGUCGCUUCACCGAGAUCGACAAUGACCAGCUCGCCAACGUCUUCCAAGAGGCGAAUGCAGCUAUGGGUAUCCGCAUGGGCUCAGGCGAUCCGGCUUCUGCAGGUGGCGCGUUUAGCGAGGACAUACUCAAAAUUGAGAUUUUCGGACCCGACCAGGAUCAUCUCACCGUUAUUGAUGUUCCUGGCAUCUUUCGCGUAGCCACGCCUGGUCUGACGACCGAGACGGACAUCAAGCUGGUCGAGAACAUGGUCAAGCGCUACAUGGACAACUCUCGAACGAUCAUUCUGGCGGUCAUGCCUUGCAAUGUAGACAUUGCCACUCAAGAGAUUCUCAAGCUCGCCGAGGCUGCCGACCCCGAUGGUGCUCGGACCAUGGGGGUUCUCACCAAGCCCGACCUCGCCACGGAAAAGGCUACUCGGGCGGCGGUCCUCGACCUCGUCCUCGGCAAACGAAGCAACCUCAAGCUGGGCUAUUACGUGGUGAAGAAUCGCAGCGCCGACGAUGACACCUCGACACUGGCGCAGAGGGCCCUGGCCGAGAAGGCCUUCUUUGGUGGCACGGAAUGGAGCAGCGUCGCUGAACGCUGCGGCGUCGCUGCUCUCAAGGAGCGGCUCCAGAAGCUGCUCAUGAAGAUCUCAAGAGACGAGUUUCCCAACGUCAAGGCGGAUAUCGAUCACCGUCUUCGUCGUGCGCAGACCUCCUUGGAAGACAUGGGCCCUGCGCGGGCCGACCACGCGGCUCAAAGACUCUAUCUCGGCAGAAUCGCGACGCGCUUCCAGACCGUCACGACGUCUGCCUUGAACGGACACUAUGUCGGAGACGACAUUUUUGACGCCAAUCCAGAGCUGAAACUCAUCACGAAGAUCCUGAGUCUUCACACGUCCUUUGCUCAAAACUUCGCGCGGCGUUCCCACAUGCUCAAAUUCGACGACGCCGUGGACAAGGCUGAGAAGCCAGGCAGCUGUGCGCUCCCGUCCAGAGUUGAGCUUGAAAAGUAUACCGAGUUGCAGGACACCAUCGUCGCCGAAGAAUAUAAGUGCCCGGACCCGCUCGAAAAACCCAUCAUAGACGGCAUCCGAGUCAUCUAUCAGGCCAGCCGUGGCCCUGAACUUGGAACAUUUGGUGGCACCAUCUUGUCGUCCGUCUUCCUGCAGCAGUCAAAGAAGUGGGAGCCAUUGACCCUGAUGCACAUGAGCCAGACGAUCGUGCUGGUGCACGAUUACAUCUACAACCUCCUGUGCAUCCUCUGUCCCGAGGGACAGGUGCGAGAGCAGCUCUGGGAGGGUGUCCUCGUGAAUCGCUUGGUGCCAAUGUACCGCAAGGCCAUGUCGCACGCGCGCUUCCUGCUCGCCGUUGAGAGAGGCCAGCCGGCAACCUUCAACCACUACUUCAACGACAUCCUGCAGAAAAAGCGUGGCGAGCGAUUCACCAGCACGAUGGAGAAGUUCGCGCUCGGCUUAACCAAAGGCGACGGUACGAGCUCCAAGUACGUUCCGGUCAACCAGCUGUGCAACGUCGCGGAGAACAAGGACAAUGAGGAGCAGGUGUGCGAGGACGUGCUCGACACCUUCACAAGCUACUACAAGGUGGCGCGCAAGCGCUUCGUCGACGUUGUCUACCAGCAGGCCAUUUGGCACUACCUGCUGCAGGGACCUAAGGGUCCGCUUAAGGCGUUUGGCACGGAUAUGGUGAUGGGGCUCACCGACGAGCAGCUCGAGGAAAUUGCGGGCGAGGAUGAAGAGUCGAAGCAGCAGCGUACGACCCUGUCUCGCGAGAUUGCAAGCCUCAAGGCCGCGCUUCGAGUCCUUCGAUUGUGAUGAGGUCGCGCGAUCUGCUUCUUGGUACGGAGAGGCUGCCAAAGAGGGUUUGCCACUGUAUGAUGUUUUAGAAUAGGG